CAUACGAUAUAGGAGCAGAAUCAGGCUACUCGGUCCCUCGAGUCUGCUCCCCCAUUCAAUCAAGGUUGACUUUUUUCAUGGUGAGAAAGAAAAGGGGAACCAUUGGCCAGUCUACCAUCAGUUGUAAAAUGUUGUAAUCGAUCGUUGAAGAAGUAAAAUCAUGGCAGUUAGAAAAUAACAAACGUAUUAAGGCAGAUUCUCCUGAGUUUAUGUGACUUAACAAAUCCACACCACGUUUCCCAGGCUGAGGUUUGUGCUGCUCCUCAGAAUGGAUUCCAACAACUAAGCCACAAAUUUAUCCAACUGGCCAGUCAUUACUCGGUUUGUUUCCUUCCCUCCCGAAUAAAUUUCUGAAUUGGCCAGCACCCCACAGUCUGACAAUGUGUGGAAUAUUUACCUUAGGUUUGAUGUUACAUUUCUUGACAGUAACUGUUUGAUGGGAAUGGCUUAUUGGAAUGUUUGAUGGGAAAGGUACCCCUGAGGUGAACAUUAUCCGUGUUGCGCCUGAUGGCGGCCGCGUCCGGAUCGCCAUAAGAUGGUGGACAGGCGAGCAGGGCUUCGUCCCACGUGACCGAGGGGCGGAAAGCAGCUCUCGCGAGAUCCACCGCCUCGCUAUGCUGGGGCCCGGCCGACAUCUCGCGGGAGUGGGGUGCGUGGCGUCGCGAGAGUCCGGUCGGCGGGUGGAUGGCGUCGUUGGCGAGUUUCCCUCAGAUGCUGGAACCCUUGGGAAGCCCCACGUUGCAGAUGAUGCUGGGUGGUGACAUUAUGAAGCUGGAAAAUGGGCAGUCAAAGCUUGGCUUGCCACCUCUCAACCCUGAGCAACAGGAAGCACUUCAGAAGGCUAAGAAGUAUGCAAUGGAACAAAGCAUCAAGAGUGUGUUAGUGAAGCAAACGAUCGCUCACCAGCAGCAGCAGCUUACCAACCUGCAGAUGGCAGCACAGAGGCAGCGGGCAUUGGCGAUUAUGUGCCGUGUUUACGUUGGAUCAAUUUACUAUGAGCUGGGAGAAGAUACCAUUCGGCAGGCCUUUGCUCCCUUUGGACCAAUCAAGAGCAUCGAUAUGUCGUGGGACUCCGUCACCAUGAAGCACAAGGGGUUUGCCUUUGUGGAGUACGAAGUUCCAGAGGCAGCUCAGCUUGCCCUUGAGCAGAUGAACUCGGUGAUGCUGGGAGGCAGAAACAUCAAGGUUGGCAGACCGAGUAACAUAGGACAAGCUCAACCAAUCAUAGACCAGCUUGCAGAGGAAGCCAGGGCGUUUAAACAGAAUUUAUGUCGCGUCGUUCACACCGGAUCUGUCGUUGAUGACAUUAAAAGUGUGUUCGAGGCCUUUGGAAAGAUUAAAUCCUGCACCUUGGCCCGAGACCCCACAACGGGGAAGCACAAAGGAUAUGGAUUCAUUGAAUAUGAGAAGGCCCAGUCCUCGCAGGAUGCAGUUUCCUCCAUGAACCUCUUCGACCUCGGCGGCCAGUUCCUCCGCGUUGGGAAGGCGGUGACCCCUCCGAUGCCGUUGAUGACUCCAGCCGCACCUGGUGGAUUGCCUCCUGCUGCAGCGGUGGCAGCUGCGGCAGCAACAGCCAAGAUCACAGCUCAGGAGGCUGUAGCUGGUGCAGCAGUGCUCGGUGUCAGUGGUCUCUCAGCACCAGGUCUGGUUACCCCAGCACUUACCCUUGCACAGCCACUGGGAGCAUUGCCACAAGCUGUCAUGGCAGCCCAGGCUCCAGGUGUCAUAACAGGUGUGACUCCAACCCGUCCAACCGUGUCGUUACCGGUGACCAUCCCACAGGUGGGGGUGGUUAACCCUGUCCUUGCCACGCCUCCAGCAGCUUCUGGUACUGCAGAAGUUAAGAAGGAAGACGAGGAGAAGUUGCUGGAUACGGAGCGGCUGGAGAUGCUGAGUGAGCAGGAGCACAUGAGCAUUUCCGGCAGCAAUGCCAGGCACAUGGUGAUGCAGAAGCUGCUGCGCAAGCAGGAGUCCACAGUCAUGGUCUUGCGGAACAUGGUGGGUCCUGAGGACAUUGACGAUGAUCUGGAGGGCGAAGUAACAGAGGAAUGUGGUAAAUUUGGGGCUGUGAACCGUGUGAUCAUCUACCAGGAGAAGCAGGGCGAGGAGGAGGAUGCUGAGGUGAUUGUUAAAAUCUUUGUGGAAUUUUCCAUGGCUUCAGAGAUGCACAAAGCCAUCCAGGCUCUUAAUGGGCGAUGGUUUGGAGGACGGAAGGUGGUUGCAGAAAUAUAUGACCAAGAUAGGUUUGAUAACAGUGACCUGUCUGCUUGAACUCUGCGGCGUGAUUUGUUUUGUUUCUGAAAUGCAGCAAAAGGACUUUGUAUAGACUUGGGGUCAGCUGUGGUUCAGGGACCUCACCUACAGCUGAUGUCUCACUACCCACUCUAAGCUGGGACCUCGGGCUGCUGCAGAUGGAUCCAGUACGUUUCCACUUCGUGAACUGACAAGAUGCCGUGUUUGCUUCCCUGUUACGCUCUGCUGUUUCUCCAUUCGGUAUCAAAACCCAGUGGACCAAAGUGCAGACCUGUAACAACGUGGAGCGGUCUGGGAGCUCAGCCAUGAAAUCCCUGCCUGGACCACUGGUUUAUACCCAGUUCAUCCUGUUGAUGAAUUUUUUUCCGUGGCUGCUUCUGUCAAUGGGAAUCACAGAACGUUAGGAUUUGUUGCCCCAGAUGGAAGUUAUGGACUUGGGCUGUGUGGUGAUUUUUGACCCGGUGUGAUACUGUUCAGGUCCAUGGUCUCAGCACUGGGUCAAUCCAUCUUAACACAUGAAGAUGGCCUGGAUUCACAGACCUCUCUCCAGAUGGUUAAAUUCCGUGCGAUUGUGUUUUUUUUAAACUCUGUCCACAUGUUUGCAGUCAUAACAUUGUAGGCAAGUUACUGUUUCAUUUCUAUUAAAGAAAUUAUUAAAUAAAAACACUCGCAGUG